AAAACAGUUGAUGGUUAUAAAACGACGUUUCAAAAACAACAACGCGCAUAAAAUAAUUUUAUAUAUUUUUUGUUUAAAUUAAAAAUAAAGAUACAUAUAAACAAAAACAAUAAACAGCCGCACAAAUUGUUCACACAAUAAAUAAAAUUACAAUAGAUUGAAAUAAAAAAAAAAAAAAAUAAAAAAACACAAAAACAACUGUACAAACAAACCAUUGUCAACGCUAAAUUGUCCAUGUUGAUUUAAAAUAAAAAAAAAAAAACAUAAAAAUAGACACUUCUAUUAUUAGAACAAAAUCUACUACACCCCACCGCCAAAAAAAAAAAAAAAAUAUUUGCUUGGUACUUAAUUAAACAGUGUAAAAAAGUGUAAACAAAAUAAAUAAAUCAACAAAUUAAGAUCAUGCCCGAUAACAGUUCAAAAUUUAAUCCAAAUCUACAUUUGGACAUACCCAAGUGGAUUAACGAAAAAUAUUUCGAAAAUAUUCUUAAAAAUGAUGUUGAGAACUUUAAUAAAAUUUUAAAAUUCAGCAUUAUACCGGCCACACCACCGGGUGAAAAUUAUACCUCAAUUAUGUUACGAAUUAAAAUGGAUAUUGAAAUGGAUGAUGGCUUUACUCAACAAAAAUCGUAUAUUAUGAAAACGAUGUUAGACAAUGAUAAAGGUGGCACAUUUAUUAACACCCUCAAUCUAUUUCCCAAAGAGAAACUAAUGUACGAAACUAUUCUGCCACAACUGGAAUCAUUGUAUGAUGAAUGUGGUAGUAAAGUAAAAUUUGCACCAAAAUGUCAUUGGAUUGAAGAUAAAUCCGGGAGAAUAACAUUAGUUCUAGAAGAUUUAUUAACGAAAAAAUUUCGAAAUAUAAAUCGUUUAAAAGGUUUCGAUAUGACACAUAUGAAGAGAGUGUUAGAAAAGUUGGCUGAAUUUCAUGCUGCCUCUGUAGUGUUGCAAGAGCGUUUGGGUUCUUACCCAAAAGAAUUUACCAACACGUACUUACCAGCCAACUAUCAAAAAUCAAAAUCCUAUCAAGCUAGAGUACAGAGCUACAAAGCCGCUAUGGCCAGUUGGGGUUUGGAGGAUUAUGAAAAGUAUGCCAAGAGAAUACCAAAUGCCGAGCAGUAUGUGAAUGCCUCCUUGCAGUGUUUUAGUACGGAAAACAAUGAAUUUAAAGUCUUAAAUCAUGGUGACUUUUGGUCAAGCAAUAUAAUGCUUAAUUAUACCACAAAGGCUGCACCCACUAGUGAGAUUAAUCAAAUACGUUUCGUAGAUUUUCAAAUGUGUAAAUGGGCUAGUCCGGCCAUGGAUUUGUGGGAACUUAUUAUUUGCUCUGUGGAGAGUAAUUUGCGUAUACGUAAUUUUGAUUUAUUCAUAAGAAUUUAUCAUACGCACCUAUUAAAAAGUCUGAAAUUUUUAAAAUAUGAAAAACCUAUGCCUCUAUUGAGUGAUCUUCAUAUAAGUAUGCUGAGACAUGGAUUUUGGGGUUAUUUUACUUCAUUCACCCAUCUUGUAAUGAUUCUAUUGCCUUCGGAUAAAGAAGCCAGUUUACUGAAACUUAUGCAACCCGGUGAAGAUGGUGAUAAAUUCCGUAUGAAAGCUUUUACAAAUCCCCUGUAUGUAAGAGCAAUUUUGGAUAUAUUACCAUUUCUCUAUAGAAGGGGUAUAUUGGAGUUUGAUUUUGAAAGUAAAAUAAAUAUAAAUAAUAUGGGUACUGGUGCUAAAAAUUACACUCCACCUGAAUGGAUUACAGCUGAUUUUCUACAAGAUGUUUUAAAGGAAUACUUUAAAGAUGAUACUCUUGAAGUGCAUGAAAUUGUAGUGAAAAGUAUUAAUGGUGGCGGUGAAAUGGUGGGCAGUGGUUUUGCCAGUGAAAUGCAUCGUGCUAUUUUCAAUUUGAAACGUAAUGAUGUUACCGGUAAAUUUUCUGUUAUUAUAAAGGACCACCCCAAAGGCUACACAGGAGUAGUAGCUCACAAAAGCAAAUUAUUUAAACGUGAAAUAAUGGCUUACAAAGAGGUAAUACCCCGUGUCGAAGAGCUUCUUGCCUCCAUAGGUGAUACAACUAAAAUUGCUCCUGCUUGCUAUUACACCACCGAAUCACCAGAACCAUUCUUAAUACUUGAAGACAUGAACCUAAAUGGUUAUGAAAAUUUCGAAAAAGGACGUUUACUUAAUUUGGACUAUGUUUUACCUACCAUUGAAAAAUUGGCUAAAUUACAUGCCUGUUCUGCUGUUAUAGCAGCUGAAAAUUCAAAAAUUAUGGAAUUCUUUGAAGAAGCACCUAUUUCACGUAAUCCAGAUCGUAAAGAUUUCUUAGGGUUUUUCCCGGUCAAUAUACGCUGUGUAGCCGAAGAGAUUUCACAUUGGAAGGGUUAUGAAGAGAUCACUGAGAAAAUGUUCAAAUUGGCUGAAAAUGUAUUACAAAGUGCAGUUGAUAUGUAUGAAUCCCAUGAGAAUGGUUUCCGUGUAUUUAAUAUGGCUGAUUUGUGGGUUGAUAAUUUGAUGUUUCAUAUUAACAAUGAAACCAAAGAACCCGAUAAUGUUGUAUUGCUAGAUUUUCAAUUGUCCUAUUAUGGCUCCCCCGCCAUGGAUUUGAAUUACUUUUUGUAUGGUUCCCUAAAUGAAAAUGUACGCAAGGUCCAUUUGAAAUAUAUUGUUCGUGAAUAUCAUCGCAUUUUAAAAGAAACUUUAGAGAAAUUAAAUUAUGAUGGUACCAUACCCUCACUUAAAGAAAUUACCAUUGAUAUCAUUAACAACAGUUUGCAAGGUGUUAUUGCUGCUACUUGCUUAACACCCAUUAUAUUUAUGGAAAAAGAAGGUUUCGAAAAUCUAGAAAAUCUUACCUCACGCACUGAAGAAGGCGAUGAAUUGCGUCGUAAAAAUGUUGAAAACCCUAAAUAUAGAGCAUUUCUUCAACGUACUGUAAAGGAAUUCGAAUUAAGUGGAUUCUUAGAUGUUUAAAGAUAAUAAAUGACAAAUGUAUUAAAUAGAUUUUAAGAAAAUGUUAUAAAAUUUGUUAUUGAUAUAAUGUGUAAAAAAGGUAUUUUUAUAAAUGUUCAAAA